CAUGGAGCAUCUACGUGCGUCAAUACAUUUGGGGGUUACGUGUGCCGAUGCCACGACAAGAGAAUGGGAGAUGGGAAACGCUCCUGCAGGAAAGAAUAUUGCCCAUCGGGAUGGUUUUAUGAGGAACUACGUCAGAAGUGUUACAAAUAUAACGCCUCUCCUGGCAAUCACUCGCACGCUGCUGCCACCUGCCGGGCACAAGGAGGACGUCUGUCUACAUUCCGUCACUUUGUAGAUGUCUACAAUAUGGCAAGAUUACGGGAGAGUUCGGGGCGAUUUUGGCUGCAUUUGAACAGUUUCUUAGAAAGUGAAAGGUUACUUUGGUCGUUGGAUGGCGAGCUUGUGAAGUUGAAAUUCCCAAAAGAGUUCGUGCGUCUGUCCGGUGGGGGUCACCACUACGGUCGGGUCGAGGUGUUUCACGAGGGCCAGUGGGGCAGCGUGUGCCACUAUGGCUGGGAUAUCAAGGACGGCCGCGUCGUCUGCAGGCAGUUGGGAUUUCCUGGAGUGCGGAACGUUAAGGGGUACGCUCGGUACGGGGAGGGCCGGGGCCCUGUGUGGCUGACAGAGCUGCAGUGUGAGGGGAGUGAGGAGAACCUGCUGGACUGUCAGCACGCUAACUUGGGGAACACUAGAUGUGGGCAUAAUCUAGAUGCCUCCGUGUACUGUUAUCCCGACCUGCGCCUCAGUGACGGCGACAAACACUAUGGACGAGUAGAGGUGUUUCACAGCGGUCAGUGGGGCAGGAUUUGUGCUGACCAGUGGACCGAUCUCCAGGCCAACGUGGCGUGCAGACAGAUGGGAUUUACACGAGGUUUUGCCUUGAACAUGUCGACAGCUGAUGCAGAGAGUUCGACUUCAGUGGUUUCCCUGCGUCUCGAUCACGUUGAGUGCAGCGGGAACGAGACGCGUCUGAAAGGGUGUGAGCUCGGGCUCUGGGGAAAUGUGAGAAACUGUGAUGGUGUAGAGGGCGCGGCUGUCUACUGCGAAGAAGAUGCACCUGUCCGUCUGGCGGACGGCAACAGUAACUAUGGGCGCGUGGAGGUCCUCGAAGAUGACCACUGGGGGACUGUGUCUGACGACCACUGGGACUACAAAGACGCUGUGGUCGUAUGCCGCCAGCUAGGAUACCACAACGGAUGGGCGUACACCUCUGCGCGGUAUGGCCCAGGGUUCGGUAUGGUGUGGUUGGGGGACGUCCAGUGUACGGGCAUGGAGCCCAGCUUAAACCAGUGUACCUCUGGGGUGAUAUCACGACAGAACUUGGAUCACAGUAAGGACGCCUCGGUCAAGUGUGAUCCGGACCCAGUCUUGCUUCGCCUAUCAAAUAACGAGACUAACAGCGGACGGCUUGAACUCUUCUACCAGAACGUAUGGGGUUUAGUGUGCAGUACGGGCUGGACGGACACCGAGGCUACGGUGGCAUGCAAAGAACUGGGUUACUCUCACGGCAUCGCUACCGCCGUCCCCUUCAGCGCCGACACCCCCAGGCUAAUUGUGUGGCUGGACAGUGUGCGCUGUACGGGAUAUGAAGAUUCACUGCGACAGUGCAGACACGCGCCUUGGAGCGUCCAUGAUUGCCCCAGUGGAGACUUCGCUGGCGUCGUUUGUCACAAUAAGGAUUCUGAGGCAUGCCUCAGUGCUUCCUAUAACGUGGUUUCGGGCGUCACAACUCUUGAUGGCGACAUUAACUGUGAUCGCAACGUCAACUUUUGGUGUGAAAAAGAAAUAAAUCGUUGCGGUUUCGACAAUGGCGGCUGCAGCCAUACCUGUAACUACGAUGGUAGAAAUGGCACGUGGUGUACAUGUCCGGAUUAUAUGGACGGUCUGGCAGACGAUGGAAAGAUGUGUAAAAGUACUAAACUGAAGGUGCUAUGUUCCGCCAAGAGUAUGAAGAUAGCCAUAGGAAAAGAUCUGGUUUCAGAAUUCCAUCGAUAUAAAGUACGGCUGAAUGGCGAGGAUUCCUGCGCCGCCACUUAUAACGGUAGCCACUAUCUUCUUCAAGCAGAAUACACAAAGUGCGGAACAACUCGAGAAACAGACGCUGGGGGCGAGCUUAUAAUAUAUUCCAACCAAAUAAAUGAACGUCCUAAUUUUUUAAACAAUUCGCAUGGCAAUGAAAUCACUAGACUUCCUCGGAUUCAGCUCGAGUUUCUGUGCGUAUUCAACUCUCGAGGAAUCGCGUCUGCUGUUUACAGCCCAACGGGAGAUAUUUUGAUGACACAACGUCAAUCUGGAAACAUGGAUUUCAGUCUGGAUGUCUCCGCUAACGCAUCCUGGGCCAGAUGGAGAGAGUCUAGAGGGAGAGUGUUUUCGCCGCUGGUAGUCGUAGUUGAGUUAGGGCAAAAUCUUUACCUAGACCUCAAAGUGCUGUCGUCGGAUACCUUCACGGUUUUGGCAGUGAAAUGCUGGGCCUCUCCAUCCAAUGAUCCGGCAGAUACCGUUAGACAUAGGCUUAUAGAAAAUGGGUGUGCAGUGGACUCUACCGUGAAAUUCCUCUCAUGGCGUCUUGGAGGCCAAACAUUUACCAUUCAGGCGCUGAAGUUUAUGACAGAGCAUCCCCUCGUCUACAUUCACUGCGAGGUGCGCGUCUGUGAACUAAAAGACCGUGAGAGUCGCUGUAUUCCGCGAUGCACUGAAGACACGUCACGAAGACGUAGGAGACGAGAUAACAAAAUCAGCGACACAGGGAAAGUGCAGAUGCUGUCGGCGCAAAGGCCAAUAUUUGUUCUUGCGCCACACCAGGAACAUUCACACGAAGGAAAUUCUAAUUCGGUUGCUAUUAUGGCUGUAGGAGGAACUUUGGCUGUGGUUGGAGGCUGUCUUGUAAUGGUGGCGGUUGUUCGCAUUAAAUUUUUCAAAUCUAACCGUGUAGUACCAAUGGAUUGA